AUGCCACCUAAACCAACAAAUUGGCGCAUGUUUGGCAAAAUGGCAAUUGCCGGUGUUACAUGUUGCGUUGGCGGACCAGCUUUGAUCUACUAUGUCUCUCCAACUGAAGAAGAACUCUUCUUAAAAUACAAUCCCGAACUUCAAAAACGCAGUUUGGAGAAUCGAGUGGGGAAACAAGAGGAUUUUGAUAACUUUGUGUCGAGGUUGAAGGAGUAUAUCUGGGUCGAAGCCGAAGAAGCCGCUCGAAAGAAUCGCAGUGGAAAGAUAGACGAACAAGCCAAAUUAAUGCAGGAGAUGCAACAGAGGAAAGAAGAUAUCAAAAAGAGUGGAACAAAGUUGAUGCCUGGUGGAAGUCUUUGA